AUUUAUUGAGUACAAAACUGUUAACUUUUUUAAACCACAACAAAUGCUGGGUUUUAAUUAAUGCUAACUUUCUCUCUGCGUGUGUCCAGGUGACGGUGAUGGUGUUUCACUGGAGCAGUGGGGCAUCAGAGCAGCACGACCUGCUCAUCAGUAAACCCGUGUCCCACUGGACGGCGGUGGAGGUCAUGACCUGGCUGGAGAACCUGGGGCCCUGGGCCCAGCUCUACAGGGAGGCUUUUCAUCUGGAAAAUGUGAAUGGAAGGUUACUGUUAAUGCUGGGAGACGAGGAGCUGUUGAAGCCGCCGUACAGCAUCGAAAAUCAGGCCCACCGACGAGCUGUCUUAGCCGAACUGGACAGAAUUAAAGUCCUCGGCGUUAAAGCACCACAGAAUCUGUGGGAAUAUAAAGUAAGUUCUUGUUUUUAUCCAACAUGAGGACUAAUUAAAUUAAAUUAACU